UACGAAUGGUCAAAUGGUGCAAAACAAAGAGCCUAAGAGCCAUUUCAAAUCCCAAAGACGAAUCAGACGAUGUUCGAUGUUGUGCCGUUGUGGUUGGCUUUUUACUACGCGUCGGGUUACGGUUCUUUUCUUUCUCUUCUCCGCGCUCCGCUCCGCAACUUUGAUGUAUGUACGCCGCGUGUGACCGAACGUACGAACGGCCAAAAUCUAUAAAACGAAAAAACAGGUGCGUGAAUCAAAAAUUAUGAAAAUUAAAUGCCAUCCAUACGCUCAGCUUGGCUGAUGAUUAUGAUAAAAUCACCACCAUCGCCAGUCAAACAAAAGAAGUGCAAAUGAAGAAACCACAGCAGUAAUAACAACAACGAUAACACACCAAGUGGUAAUCCAAUAAAAUUAAAACAACAACAAAACGGGCGUAAAGAAAGAAAAAAAAAACAAACUACGGUCAUUUGGAGUGUUUGUAACACAAAGCAAAAAAGUGAAAAAAAGAAAACAAAAAUCGAAAUGAUUCAGGUGGUUGGUGAUUUGUUUUAAUAAGAAUGAUAAUUAAAAUAAAGAAAAUAUAUCCGCGAGAGUGAGAAAGUGCGACAGAGAGAAAGAAGGCAAAGUGAAAUGUAAGAAUUCUUUAGUUUUUCCUAAAGCGAUAAAAGUGAUAAGAAAAAAAGUCAAUAUAAUUUGUCGAUUUCUAAGAAAUCCAACGACAACAAAGUGCAUUGGCACUCAUAACAAGUAUUUGUAGUGUGGUGGAGGUAUCAAAUUUCCCAGCAAGUCUUCUAAAGUCACGGAGAAACAACGAAAAAGAAUUAUUAAAAAAAAAUAAUGCAUGAAAAAGGAAACUAAAAUAAAUGUGUGCCAGAUUUUUGGGUAUUAUAAUUUUUUCCAUUUAAAAAACAAUAUUCAAAGUGAACACAACAAAUCAUAGCAGAUUACCAAACAUUGUGAGCAGAUUUUCUUCAGAAAAAAAAACGUAAAAAUUCCCAUGGAAUAUUAAACAAGAGUAUGCUGGAGAAACCCGAAUAGAAAGCGAUAAAAUUAAAAGUCUCUCACACUUCACUUCACAUCCCCCAUGGCUGUGUAAAAUUUAGAUACUCGAGUUAAGCUCCCACGUUUUGUAUCGCCAAGUCACACUCGAGAGUAUUUAAGCAAAUGACCCAAAACAAUUACAAGCUAAAACAAUUAAGGAGAGACUCGAAAAAGUAAAAGAGAAGAGCACCAGAGGAGGGAAAAUACAAAAAUAUACGGGCGAUAAGCGGCAUAGCAAACCCCAAAAGUCAUCGGACAAGGGGGCCACUUUAAAGCAACUGAAAUGGAUGAGAAGAAAAAAACAGCCAACAACUGAAUGAAUUGCACAAACCAUCAUAGGAGUACAGUGAAAAGGCACACAGGGCCCGGCAUAAUCAAAAGGACAUUUAAAGGAGACAAGGCACGAACCAAGGCAAUGAGAAACAAUUGCAGGGUAACCUCAGCCUAGUACCGAACCCCCAAAGUAUUUAAAGGCGCACAAAAACAUAAAAAUAAUUCAGCAAAGACAAAAAGAAGAAAAAAACAACAGCACAAAGCAAGAAGAGCACAAAAAAAACAAACAAACAAAACCAUAUCGUAAUUCAGUUCAAGGCACAAGGAAACGGAAGUCGCAGGAAGAUGAUGUAGCGGGCCAUAGCCAACAACAGCAAUUUUUCAAAUGCAAAAACACCCAAGAAAGUUAGAAACAGGACAUUUCCUUUUUGAACUGGACAAAAGAUUUUCGUGGCAAACAGCGGAGAAAAAAGGCUGCAACAUGUUCCAAGUCCACAAUAAACCCUUCUGCAAUUAAGGCUGCCAAAUGUAAUCAAACUACACUCAAACACGCACCAAGCAAUGACACAAACUCGAUAUCACAAAACAUAAUUCCUAGUGCUCAAAUUAGUACAACAACAAAAGCCAGAAAAAAAACCAACGUCCUCUCCGCAACGUUUAAUUAACAAAAGCCCCAGCAGUAGAAUACAAGUGUCACAGAGGAAAACCGGCUUAAUUGCCACCUAUUGUCCUCCCACAACCCACUCACCCCCGCCCCAAACAGCACAUUGGGCCACAAAUCCUCGGUGUGAAUUCUAAUCCCGGGCAAAAGGAAACUGAAACAAACAACUUUGACAAAACGGCAAAAUGGCGUUUAUAUGGCGGCGACGUUCCACUUCAAUUGUGAAAAUAAUUGCCAUUUUGAUGGCCAUUUGGUUUUUCGUCGCUUUCUUUAUCUACACCGAUGAUGCGCGACGCGAUUCGGCUUCCAAUAAAUGGAAUAGCAUGUCACUGCCAUGGAAAGGAUUCGCCGGCAAUGCUGCUGGUGCGGGCGGUGCUGGCAAUGGUGCCGGUUCUGCUUUGGACAACCAACAAAUUGGAGUUUUCGAAGCCGGUGGAGGAUUUGGGGUGGGCAAUAAUCCUGGCGGUGGCGUCGUUGGUGAUGACGAAGUCGAAGGUGUUGCCGCCGAUGUGCCCCUAGCCCAACCGGAUGAGCCCAACAACAAUAAUGGCAAUGUGAUGGCCGGCCACCAUGCCGAGGAUGGUGCGGCGGCAGAUGAUAACGAUGUUGAUGGCGAUAUUAACGAGGGCGAUGAGUCCAUCUUGAACAAUGUGGUCGUGCAGCAUCCCAACAACGACAAGGUGUAUCGUGGCAAAUUGUUGGCUGGCAAAAAGGCAGACGGAAGCAAUAAAAUGCCACCCAUGGAUGAUGGCAAAAGUGUACUCGCUCCGCCAUCACCACCCAAGGAUGCUCCCGGCGAAAUGGGUAAACCAGUGACAUUGCCCACCAAUAUGACAGAAGAAAUGAAAAAAGCUGUCGAUGAUGGCUGGCAAAAGAAUGCCUUCAAUCAAUAUGCCUCGGAUAUGAUAUCCAUACACAGGACCCUCCCAGAUCCUAGAGAUGCCUGGUGUAAAGAGCCGGGACGUUAUCUACAGGAUCUGCCAGCCACCGAUGUAAUUAUUUGUUUCCACAAUGAGGCGUGGUCCGUGCUGCUGCGUACCGUGCAUUCAGUGUUUGAUCGUUCGCCAGAACAUUUGAUAGGCAAUGUAAUAUUGGUAGAUGACUACUCCGAUAUGCCGCAUACGAAAAAACAAUUGGAAGAGUAUUUUGCCGCAUAUCCAAAGGUUAAAAUUCUACGUGCACCAAAGCGUGAAGGUUUGAUACGCGCGAGACUACUUGGAGCACGCCAUGCCACAUCGCCGGUCCUGACUUAUUUGGAUUCACAUUGCGAAUGCACUGAAGGCUGGCUGGAACCAUUGCUGGAUCGCAUUGCUAGAAAUUCCACUACCGUCGUGUGUCCCGUUAUCGAUGUCAUUGACGAUACCACUUUGGAAUAUCAUUAUCGCGAUUCGGGCGGUGUUAAUGUUGGUGGCUUCGAUUGGAAUUUGCAAUUCAAUUGGCAUGCAGUACCCGAAAGGGAGAAGAAACGCCAUAAGAAUUCAGCCGAACCCGUAUAUUCACCCACAAUGGCUGGUGGCCUUUUCUCCAUAGAUCGUAAAUUUUUCGAACUACUGGGCACCUAUGAUUCAGGAUUUGACAUAUGGGGUGGAGAAAAUUUGGAAUUGUCCUUUAAGACUUGGAUGUGUGGUGGAGUUUUGGAAAUUGUACCCUGUUCUCAUGUGGGUCAUAUAUUCCGCAAGAGAUCACCAUAUAAGUGGCGUUCAGGCGUUAAUGUACUUAAAAAGAAUUCCGUGCGACUCGCUGAAGUUUGGCUGGAUGAUUAUGCGAAAUAUUAUUAUCAGCGGAUAGGUAAUGACAAAGGAGAUUAUGGCGAUGUCAGCUCGAGGCGGAAAUUGCGUGAAAAUUUGGGCUGUAAAAAUUUCAAAUGGUAUUUGGACAAUGUGUAUCCUGAACUUUUCAUACCUGGUGAAUCGGUAGCCUAUGGCGAGAUUGCCAAUAUCGAAACCGAUAUGUGUCUCGAUUCAGCCGCCAAACCGGACGACAUGCAAGGUGCCGUUGAUCCUUAUAAAUGUCACGGUCAGGGUGGAAAUCAGUACUGGAUGCUGAGCAAAGCUGGGGAAAUUCGUCGUGAUGAGGCCUGCCUUGACUAUGCAGGACAUGAUGUUAUGCUGUAUCCUUGCCAUGGCUCCAAAGGAAAUCAGUUCUGGACUUUCAACAAUGAAACGAAACAAAUUCGCCAUGGCUCCUCGGACAAAUGUCUGGCCAUCAAUGAGAAACGAGACAAAAUUGUCAUGGAGGAAUGUAAUGUGGGACACCUAAGACAACAUUGGCGUCUCGAAAAUUACGAUCCAUCGAAAUUGUGAGGUUACUUUUUUGGGAAUGGUACCCAAUUUAUACCAACCUCAUUGACGCUAAACAAUUAUCGAAAAUGGAAAUAGCAUAAAAUCAAAAGAAAAUGGAGAAAAAAGGACAGCAAACAACAACAACAGCAAAAACACAAAGUGCAAUAUUUUCAAGGGAAUUUAUAAAAAUAAAAACUAAAGCUGUUGUGUUAAAAAAAAAUAAAAUUGAAAAAGACAUUUUUAAAAUGACUGUUGUAGAGUAACAAAGACACAAAAGAAAUUCUAGGCAAAAACAAUACUAAAAAAGUUAGCUAUAAAUUAGUUUUUUUAGAAGAAUUUUGUUUUGUUUUUAUUUUUCUUUUUUUUAAUUUAAAAUUUUGUUAGAUUUUAAUAAAAAAAAACAAAAUUCUAACAAUGUAUUAUUUACCCUAUAUGUUUACAUUUGUUUUCUAUUUUCAAAUUCCUUUCAUUGUUUCUUACCGAAGAAACGAAAAAUUCUAGUUCUAAGCCUAAGUUUUGCCAAAUUUUAUUGUUUUCAUAUUAUUUUGUUUAUAUUUGAAUAGUUACUAAGAGAUUUUAUAUAAUAAAAAAUAAAUUGCAAAAAAGGACUUUGUAUAUAUGACAAGAAAAAAAAACUUUUUGUAAAUUAAAACAAAAACACAAAAAAAUAAAACCAAAUUGGUUAUAAUUUUUUUUUUUGAAAAUUUUUUUAAUCAUCAUUUUGUUAUAACAAAAUGUAAUUUUCCCAAAACAUUGUAUAUACAUACUAUAUAUAAAAUAGAAAUAGAAUUUAUAAAAAUUAAAAAAAAAAAAAAAAACAAAAUAUUUCUGAACUUUAUAUUUAAGAGGUUAGUGAUAUCCUAUAAGCAUUCCUGUAGUAUAUUAAGUAUAAAUAUUUAAAAAUAAAAUAUUAAAAAAUAAAAUGAAUAAAAUAUCCAUACCAGCCACAAAUAACAAGAAAAAGUUACGUAAAAGACAUAGAAGCCUAGAAAAACUAAAACAAUAAACAUAUACAGAAAAAUAUUAUUUUUUUUUAAUUCAAAUAAUCCUAAAAAUAAUUUUAAAAAUUUAUUAAAAUUUUUAAAUUAAUUAAUGCAUAGAGGAGUUUUUUUCAAUUUUAAAUAAUUAUUUAAAAAUUUGGAAUAUUUUUAAAAGUUUUGUAACCAUUUGGACUUCAAUUUAAAAGACUUUUUAAAACUUUUCAACGAUUAUAAAUUUAAAUAAGAAGCCAACAUUUUAAAUGUUUAUUUAGGUUAGGUUAUAUGGAGUGGGUUGCCCACCAAAGGUGAGUUCACUCGAAGGCCAGUUUGGCCCAUUGUGGUACCCUAGAAAGAAAGGGAAGAGAAAGAACAUGUUAGACCUCGGACUAGAGAAUAUACGCGAAUAAAAGGAGAACUGGUGGAAUGUAGAACUCGAUCGGGGGGUGAAGAAACGCCCAUCCCCACGGGCACGGAUGUAUCUACGCCGAAGCUUAUGCCAUUCCCCUUCGGACAAUCCUUCAACAAAUCUGAGGAGAACUACCAGAGGUACGUUCGCAAGUUCAUCCAGAUCGCAGAAGAAACGGUUCCCCAGAAAGGAGAGCCUACAUCACUGCAGACCCGCACAUCAACACAGUAAGCGUUGAAUAGUCUCCGCUUCAUCGUCAUCAAGGCAAUUGCUACAGAAGCCAUUGUGCGGUGUUAUCAUGCGCGGCGCCAUGCGGCCUAUGGCACAGUGCUAGGUUAUGACUCCUGUUAAGGUAUUCAUUGACCUCUUCUCGAACGCCAGAAACUCCAGUCCGAACAACGAUCCACCGAAGCCGCCGUGGCUAUCCCCUCUACUGUGUUCGAGAGCUCGACAAGUGGCACAUAGGCAAGAUCGGUGGCUGGUCAGCUAGACCCAGAAACUCCAGUCCGAACAGCGAUCCAGCGAAGCCGCCGCGAAUUGUUGUCUUUCUUUUUUUUUUUUAAUCAAUCUCACACUUUUUUCUGUAUAUGUUCUUUGUUUUUGUUACAAAAUAAGAAAUAAAUAAAUGAAAUUUCAAGCACAAAUCUUGCCAAAAGUUUAAACUAAAGUAAACCAAUCAAUACACUUCCAUUUAAUAACCCUCAAUGGACAAAUAAGGCAGAAAAUUGUAUCAUAACAUAUCAAUUAAACCUCAACCCAGGAUGCCAUUUCCUCACUCCCACUCCAUUUCACUCGCAUACGCUAUCGGCGUAAGCAAAUAAUAACAAUAAUGGAGUGUAAUAAAUUAUUAAGGAUUAUCACUUCGGCAAUGGCAGCGUCAUAGCAAAGCAUAAUGACUUUUUAAAUGGCUGCUCAAUUAGAGUCACAUCAUCUCCCGUUUUAGCCAUCAACCUACUGCGAGUAUCUAUUUCCGUAUGUUUUCUUUGUGUUUAAUUUCUGUUUUUAUUUUCUUUUUAAUUCGUUUUUAAACAUUCCAUAGCAAAUUUGUUUGUUAAUUAUUUAUGCAUAAUUAUAAAUACCAAUAAGGCCCAACACACACACACAUACACAACAAGAUGAGAUAAAAUGUAUAGAUAUAUCGUACAUGUAAACCACAUACAUAUAUUAAUACAUACAAAUACAUACUACAAACGUAAGCACAAAAAGGAAUUACAAAAUAUGUAGUAGACAAAGCGCUUUCAACAGUUAUGCAUUUAAUUUUAAAUUUGAAUAAGUGAACAUCAAAAUAACAAAACCAACACACAUACAUAAACACAAACUAUGUAGCUUUAAAUUACAUAUCCUGAUUAAAAAUCGCUUAUAAAUUUCAAAAUGUUUUUUGUUUGUUUUAAUUUUGAGGCCAAAAAGGAAUUUGAAAUGCUCACACAGAGGAAAUGGAAAAAAUAACACAUUUAUUACAAUUUUAAUUAUAUGGCAACAAUAGCGUUAGGUUUUAAAUUUUCAAUGGCUUAAUUAAAAAAUAUGCAGCACAUCAAAGAGUUCAGAGACAAUAAAAAAAAUAAAAUUGCAAUUAUUUGAGAGCAAACUGAAAACCACUGAUUCUCACAGCUCAGCUUUGUUAUGGUACCCAGUCACAUGCAGUCAAAAAUAUACAAUAUGAUUAUUUCUAUAAAUUAUUAAUUUCGUUGGGGGCCACCGUAGCGCAGAGGUUAGCUUGUCCGCCUUUGACGCUUAGCGUCUGGGUUGGAUUACUGGCGAGAACAUCCAAAAAAAUUUUAGCGGUAGUUAUCCCCUCCUAAUGCAGGCGACAUUUGUGAAAUACUUUGCCAUGUAAAAACUUCUCCCCAAAGAGGUGUCGCUCUACGGCACGCCGUUUGGACUCGGCUAUAAAAAGGAGGCCCUUUAUCGUUGAGCUUAAACUUGAAUCGGACAGCACUCUCGGAUAUCUGAGAAGUUUGCACCUGUUCAUGGGCAAAUUUGCACUGGCAUCAAUUCCGUGUAUCAAUUUCCCUAUUUCUUGCUCUACUCCCAAGUACUUUUCAUUUAAGCCCCAUAUUGACAUAGUUGGUAAAUAUGUCUGAUUUAGGGGGUUUUGGAGAGUCCCAGAAACACUUGGUCCCACAAUUGGACACACAAAAUUUCGCUUUAAUCGCCCCACCCAUAUUCUCCGAGAUUUUGCGGUUCUAAAAAUUAGGGUAAGGGAGGAGAGUCCCGUUUACACCUGCCCACUUGGGACGGUUUUGGUUUUGGGGCGGCCCGAUUCGUAAUUCCAUAUACUCGGAUCAAAAUUUUAAUAUCAUAUUUAUACUCUACUCCCGAAAACCUUUCAUUGAAGUCAUACAUUGUCCCAAUCGGUCCACUUUUUUAUUUUGGUCGGUACUUAUGGGGCGGCCUCCUAGGUACUUGGACCCAAUUUUUUAUAGCAUAUUCGUAUUUAACUCCCAACUACCUUUCAUUUAAGUCCCAUAUUGUCUCAAUCGGUAAAUAUGUCCUGAUGAAGGGUCUUGGGUGGGUGUAGAUUUGUACUCUUCUUUUAAAUUUUGUACUCUACUUUUAAAUACCUUUACCCAUAUUGCCGGAAGCACAAGUGUCCUGUUAGGUGAUGUUUUUGGGGUGGAGGACCCCCUGACACUUAGGUUGACAUUUUAAUGGCAAGUUCGUACCCUACUCUUAAAUACCUUUCAUUUGAUACCCAUAUUUCCCAAUCAGGAACAUGUCCGUGCAGGUGGAUUUUGGAAUGGGGAGUCCCCCCAUGUUAUUGGACCCCAACAUUGCAUACCAAUUUUGUGUUUUUAAGGUACCAUAGGGUGGCAUUCAAAAUUUCGCUUAAAUCGGUGCAUCCAUCUCCCAGAUCUGGCGUUUUUUAAAGACCCCUAGAUUCUUCCCGAGUGCAAUUUUUGGACAUGUUUCGCCAGAUCUGGCGUUUUCUCAAGAUCCCGCAGAUUCUUCCAGGGUCCAAUUUUUGCAUAUCGUAUUCCACUCGACAAUACCUCUCAUUUGAUACCCAUAUUGCUUUGUCGGACCACUUCUCCCAAGGGGGGUUUUUGGCCUCCACGGGGCCAAGAGCCUUCACUCGAAAAACGGACUUCAGAUUCGUGUUCCUGGGGAGGAGGUGCAAAAUAUAAAAUAAAUUGGGGGUGCGCCCUAUAACGUGAAAUUUUCCUAUAUAUAUUGUCCGAUUUCGCUGAAAAUUGGAAUUGUGAGAUGUGUUAGGCCUUUUGACCUUCGUGCGGAGUAUGGUUCAGAUCGGACCAUAUUUGUAUUUAGAUGUCAUAUAUACCGUUUUCCAAAUUUAAGGUCUUUCAACCAUAAAUUGCGUAUUUAUGACCCCAUUUUGCCUAGAUUGAACCAUACUACAUAGCU